GCGUGCCAGCGUCCGUUCGCGCCGACGGCCAUGGCCGCGCGCCCCGCGCCUCGCAGCCUGCUGGCGCUCGUGCUGUGCUGCGCCUGGGGCGCGCUGGCGGUGGUCGCCCCGAAGCCGGGCGCGGGCUGUCCGAGCCGCUGCCUGUGCUUCCGCACCACCGUGCGCUGCAUGCAUCUGUUGCUGGAGGCCGUGCCCGCCGUGGCGCCCCAGACCUCCAUCCUAGACCUUCGGUUCAACAGAAUCAGAGAGAUCCAGCCUGGAGCAUUCAGACGCCUGAGGAACUUGAAUACACUGCUUCUUAACAAUAACCAGAUCAAGAAAAUACCAAGUGGUGCGUUUGAAGACCUGGAAAACUUAAAAUAUCUCUAUUUGUACAAGAAUGAGAUCCAGUCAAUUGACAGGCAAGCAUUUAAGGGACUUGCCUCUCUAGAACAACUGUACCUGCACUUUAAUCAGAUAGAAACGCUGGACCCGGAAUCCUUCCAUCACUUGCCAAAGCUAGAGAGACUAUUUUUACAUAACAACAGGAUCACACAUUUAGUUCCGGGGACAUUUAAUCAUUUGGAAUCCAUGAAACGAUUGCGAUUGGAUUCAAAUGCACUUCACUGUGACUGUGAAAUCCUGUGGCUGGCUGACUUGUUGAAAGAUUAUGCCCAGUCGGGGAAUGCUCAGGCGGCAGCUACCUGUGAGUAUCCCAGACGCAUCCAGGGACGUUCCGUGGCCACCAUCACCCCAGAAGAGCUGAACUGUGAAAGACCCCGGAUCACAUCAGAGCCACAGGAUGCAGAUGUCACUUCAGGGAACACUGUUUACUUCACCUGCAAAGCUGAAGGCAACCCCAAACCUGAGAUCAUUUGGCUUCGAAACAACAACGAGCUGAGCAUGAAGACAGACUCGCGCCUAAACUUGCUGGACGAUGGCACGCUGAUGAUCCAGAACACCCAGGAGGCAGACCAGGGCGUGUACCAGUGCAUGGCCAAGAAUGUGGCCGGGGAGGCGAAAACUCAGGAGGUGACCCUCAGGUACUUUGGAUCUCCAGCCCGGCCUGCUUUUGUAAUCCAGCCGCAGAACACAGAGGUGCUGGUGGGCGAGAGUGUCACUCUGGAGUGCAGUGCCACGGGCCAUCCUCUGCCACGGAUCACCUGGACACGAGGUGACCGGACACCUUUGCCAGCUGACCCUCGAGUGAAUAUUACUCCUUCUGGUGGCCUGUACAUACAGAGUGUCGAGCAGGCUGACAGUGGGGAGUACACGUGCUUUGCAUCCAACAGCGUGGACAGCAUCCACGCCACGGCCUUCAUCAUUGUGCAAGCUCUUCCCCAGUUUACGGUGACCCCUCAGAACAGAGUGGUUGUUGAGGGUCAGACAGUGGAUUUCCAUUGUGAGGCCACCGGCUACCCCCAGCCAGUCAUCGCCUGGACCAAGGGAGGGAGCCAGCUCUCAGUAGACAGACGGCAUCUGGUGCUGUCCUCUGGCACGCUCAGGAUCUCUGGGAUUGCCCUGCAUGACCAGGGUCAGUACGAAUGCCAAGCUGUCAACAUCAUCGGCUCCCAGAAGGUCGUGGCCCACCUGACCGUGCAGCCCAGAGUCACCCCAGUGUUUGCCAGCAUCCCCAGCGACAUGACUGUAGAGGUGGGCACCAAUGUCCAGCUGCCCUGCAGCUCCCAGGGGGAGCCUGAGCCAGUCAUCACCUGGAAUAAGGAUGGAGUUCAGGUAACAGAAAGUGGAAAAUUUCAUAUUAGCCCUGAAGGACACUUGACCAUCAAUGAUGUUGGACCUGCGGACGCUGGUCGAUACGAGUGUGUGGCCCGGAACACAAUUGGAUAUGCUUCAGUUAGCAUGGUGCUUAGUGUGAAUGUUCCCGACGUAAGUAGAAACGGGGACCCUUUUGUUGCUACCUCAAUUGUGGAAGCCAUUGCUACUGUUGACAGAGCCAUCAACUCCACUCGGACACACUUGUUUGACAGCCGUCCACGUUCUCCAAAUGACCUGCUGGCCCUAUUCCGGUACCCACGGGACCCAUACACGGUGGGACAAGCCCGGGCAGGAGAGAUAUUCGAGCGGACUCUACAGCUGAUCCAGGAACAUGUUCAGCAUGGCCUGAUGGUUGACUUAAAUGGAACAAGUUACCACUACAAUGACCUGGUGUCUCCCCAGUACCUGAGCCUCAUCGCCAACCUGUCGGGCUGCACUGCGCACCGGCGCGAGAACAACUGCUCGGACAUGUGCUUCCACCAGAAGUACAGGACGCACGAUGGCACGUGCAACAACCUGCAGCACCCGAUGUGGGGCGCCUCUCUGACGGCCUUCGAGCGCCUGCUGAAGGCCGUGUAUGAGAACGGCUUCAACACUCCCCGCGGCAUCAACCCCCUGCGUCAGUACAAUGGGCAUGUGCUCCCCAUGCCCCGCCUUGUGUCCACAACACUGAUCGGGACCGAGGUGGUGACGCCUGAUGAGCAGUUCACACACAUGCUUAUGCAGUGGGGCCAGUUCCUCGACCAUGACCUGGACUCCACAGUGGUGGCCCUGAGCCAGGCUCGCUUCUCUGAUGGACAGCACUGCAGCUCCGUGUGCAGCAAUGACCCACCCUGUUUCUCCGUCAUGAUUCCCCCCAAUGACCCCCGUGUGAGGAGUGGCGCACGUUGCAUGUUCUUUGUGAGGUCGAGCCCCGUGUGUGGCAGCGGCAUGACGUCCCUGCUCAUGAAUUCUGUGUACCCACGGGAACAGAUCAACCAGCUCACCUCCUACAUCGAUGCGUCCAAUGUGUAUGGCAGCACUGACCAUGAGGCCCGCAGCAUCCGGGACCUGGCCAGCCACCGUGGCCUCCUGAGGCAGGGCAUUGUUCAAAGGUCUGGGAAGCCACUACUCCCCUUUGCCACAGGGCCACCCACUGAGUGCAUGCGAGAUGAGAACGAAAGCCCCAUCCCCUGCUUCCUGGCUGGUGACCACCGCGCCAAUGAGCAGCUGGGCCUGACCAGCAUGCACACGCUGUGGUUCCGAGAGCACAACCGCAUUGCAGCAGAGCUGCUGAGGUGGAACCCGCACUGGGAUGGGGACACCAUCUACCAUGAGACCCGGAAGAUCGUUGGGGCCGAGAUCCAGCAUAUCACCUACCAGCACUGGCUGCCCAAGGUCCUGGGGGAGGUAGGCAUGAAGAUGCUGGGGGAGUACCGGGGUUAUGACCCCAGCGUCAAUGCUGGCAUCUUUAAUGCCUUCGCAACCGCGGCCUUCAGGUUCGGCCACACACUGAUCAACCCCGUGCUCCACCGCCUCGAUGAGAACUUCGAGCCCAUCCCGCAGGGCCACGUGCCCCUCCACAAGGCCUUCUUCUCACCCUUCCGCAUUGUCAAUGAGGGGGGCAUCGACCCACUUCUCCGGGGGCUGUUCGGGGUGGCAGGGAAGAUGCGUGUGCCUUCCCAGCUGUUGAACACGGAGCUUACAGAACGGCUAUUCUCCAUGGCACACACGGUGGCCCUCGACCUGGCCGCCAUCAAUAUACAGAGAGGCCGGGACCAUGGCAUCCCACCCUACCAUGACUACAGGGUCUACUGCAAUCUGUCGGCCGCCUACACCUUUGAGGACCUGAGAAAUGAAAUCAAGAGCCCUGAGAUCCGGGAAAAGCUACAGAGGCUGUAUGGCUCGACUCUGAACAUUGAUCUGUUCCCAGCCCUCAUGGUGGAAGACCUUGUCCCUGGAAGCCGCCUGGGGCCUACACUCAUGUGCCUGCUCAGCACACAGUUUCGGCGACUGCGGGACGGGGACAGGUUGUGGUACGAGAACCCAGGUGUGUUCUCCCCCGCUCAGUUGACACAGCUCAAACAGACGUCCCUGGCCAGGGUCCUGUGUGACAACUCAGACAACAUCACGCGUGUGCAGCCGGAUGUGUUCAGGGUGGCAGAGUUCCCACAUGGCUACAGCAGCUGUGAGGACAUCCCCAGGGUGGACCUCCGGGUAUGGCAGGACUGCUGUGAAGACUGCAGGACCAGGGGACAAUUCAACGCAUUUCCCUUCCAUUUCCGGGGCAGACGAUCUCUGGAAUUCAGCUACGAGGAGGAUAAGCCUACCAAGAGAACAAGACCACGGAAGGCAUUGAGUGUAAAGCAUGCCAAACGUCACAGCAAUGCCACAUCGAUCUCCCAUGAAUACUUGGAAGGACCAGUGACAAAUGACUUCAAGGAGUUUGUUGUGGAAAUGCAAAAGAUCAUCACAGACCUGAGAAGACAGAUCAACAACUUGGAGUCUCGGCUCAGCACCACAGAGUGUGUGGAUGCCAGUGGAGAGUCACAUGCCAACAACACAAAGUGGAAAAAAGACACAUGCACAGUUUGUGAGUGUAAAGAUGGCCAGGUCACCUGCUUCGUGGAAGCUUGCCAACCUGCAGCCUGUUCAGAGCCCGUGAAAGUGGAAGGAGUGUGUUGUCCAGUUUGUGCAAAGCCUUAGGCUUCCCUAAGCUGAGCUCCUCCACGCUGGUCUGCAGUCUUCAUCAGCUUAGACGGUGAAACAGGGACUUGCAGACUACAGGCCAUGUCAGGAUCCCAGACGUUUCAGGACUCCACUGUGCUGUCACAGACGCAACCCAGGCUGCUUUGGACCUGUGUUCAUAGAAGGAAACUCAGCAGACAGGAAGGGGUGCAGGCUCUGCUCCUCACUUCAUGUUAGACUUCUCAGGUUUUUAUUUAAUUUUUUUGAAAUGAAAAAUAGGUGCUACCAUUAAGUCGCACAGUUAAGUCACGUGGACUCCUAAAUUGACUCUGCCCAAUGUCCCCAAUUCUGUUUGAUGCCGGAGGUCUUUGGAGGUCCCUCUUCCUGGCUCUGAGGGCAGAGCCUUCUGCACAGGUGUGGCCCACAAGUGGUGACAUGGCAGGAGCCACUAGAAUAUCACAGGCUGCAUUUAAAGAGAAUCAUUUGGCAAACAGAACAGAACCUUCUAAGAGUGUCCUGAGCUAGAAUAGAAUUCCCACAGGGACUCUCGGGCUCUCUCCUGUCCUCUCCUUAAUGUCUGCCACCUUUCCCUUCAGUGUCUUUAACAUUUCUCAGCCCAUUAGCAUUUAACAAUGAAACCAAGCAGUUCCUCAUGUUGGGAACUUGUUGGCUCCUUCUACACACAGUUGUCACAUCAUUUGCCACAUCCAGACAUAGGAUUAUUUCUGUUGCUCCUAUGAACUGAAUAUGACAUCCUUACAUGCCAUGCAGUGUCUGGGGACCUCCUGGACUGCCUUUAACCACUGCCUGCUUUGGCUCCAGAGCACGCAGCGCGGAGUGUGAGCUACUUUCCAGGUCCUUCCAACUAGCGACAUGCAGGCAAUCUGAAUGUCAGAAACUCAUACUGUGUGAAUGUUUUAAACAAGACAAUCCCUAUACCUCAUGUGUGCUUUUCAAAUGAAUAAUGCUUUAUUAAAAAAUUGCCCAGUUUUUAGAUGUUAGAUGUAGCAGAAAAAUCAUUUCCACUAUGCAAAAAGGUUUUUUUUUUGUUGUUUUUUUAAUUCAGUGAAAAACAACUACCAUACCUCAUGGUCUUUUUUUUUUUUUUUUUAUUUGACCAAAACUUUAUACUCUGUUCUCACAACAAAGUUCUCUUUGUUCAGCAGUCUUCCCUGAACAAGCAAAUGUCACUCAACACACGUUGUGUCAGGCACUGUACCAGCCACUGUGAGUUCAGGAACAUGAAAGUCUGGACCACCUGCCCAGGGGCUGAGAGGAAGACUCUGAGGAUACAGGAGAGUCAGUGCCAAGUGAAGAGGUGUGAAAUGGGGGUCAUUUUAGCGAGAUUAUUUUGGGGUGGGGAGAAGUGAGGCUCUCUGCAGCAUCUGGAACAUACUGGGAAGGGAGGCUGAAGCCCAGUAUGAAGAUUGUGUGAUCCCUGUGGUGGGGCAUCUUCCCCCAGACACAAGGCUUGGUGUGCAGGACUGCUGGGCGCCACAGGCGCAGGCAACACCCAGCCAUGGGCGUGUUCAGCAUUGCAUGUAGAGACAUGGUUUCCUUGUUUUAUCUUCAUAUCAGAAUGAUAAUCAGAAGCUGGUGUUUCUGGGAGCUGAGAUGUCUUUUGAAAUAUUAAGUCAAAUUUGUGAUCAGAUUUCAGAACAGACUCCUUUGAAGUAGAAAACGUGUUGGCUUGAGCUGUAAUGGCUGUGUAGUUGCUCAGGCGUAGCAAUGACAGCAGAGCCUGUGCCAUGUGCGGUGCCAUCUCGCACAGGUCUUGGGGGCAGUGGCUGAGACAGGUGUUCCUGGCGCAAGGCAGGUGUAUGGAGGGCUUUGUGCUCUGAACCGAUGGGGGAAGCUGAACGUUAACUUCUGCAACUCAAAUCUGUGCACUUGCCGUGGCAACAUCCCAGCCUCAUUGCCAGCGCAGUGGGCAGUGUCCAGGCGACCUCGCCGAGCAUCCACUUUCUGAGGCUGCUGGGACAUGAAGCGGAGUGUACACAUUUAAUUCUCUUCUAACUGUUGCCAGCAGCCAAAUGCCAGUUUCAUGUUCAUUGUAUUCAGUACAUUACCAAAGAGGUGUUUGCACUUUGUAGUGAUGCCUUUCAGUUCAAAUAAAAGGGCCACGUUGUCAAGUG